AUGAAGAUUGUUGGGCUAAUGCUGCUCUUUGCAUGCAUAAUUUUUGGAUCCGAAGGAUUUAGCAGUGCGGAAAUGCGGAGGUACGAAAUGCAAGGAUGCCAGAAAGAGACGUUGGAUAUCCUGGCGGCCAAAUGCGUCUAUCCCGGCAAAGAAUGGCCAUGUUUCAGUGAGAGUGCGUAUAGCCAAGGUAAUGAUUUCUCAUUGAUUUGAAAUUUUUUUGCUUCUGAAUCCACACGGCCUUGGUUUUCAGUUGAAGGGAGAAUUCAGCACUCGUCCGAAUUGGAGGAGAUCGUCAGCCUCAUAUGCCAUAAUCCGUCCACAAUCGACCUGAUCCAAGGCUUUUGCUGCUGGCAUCCCAGCUGCCUUCAAAAGUGCUACCCAAAGGACUCAUAA